UAUAAAGUAGCACACAUCAGGAACACAAUAUGUGAGGAAAGUUUCUCCUAUUAGGUGUUCCUUAUGCACAGGUUGUUUAUAUUUUGGGACUUGAAGAGCAAGGGAGGAGAAGCUUCCUUCUUCAGUGACUGGUCUGGGGAAGAGGGUUGUGUACUUUGUUUUGCUUUUAACCUUCCACUCCCUUUUCCCUGGAAACUUCCUGUGAGUGUAUGGACCUUGCCCUUCCAAGGCAAGACACCUGCUCUUCUCUGGUAGUACAGCCAACAUUGCCACUCUCUCUUCAUUAUAGGACCAUGGAAGGAACACAGAAGUCACCAAGUGUUAACUCAGAGGAGAGCAGUGUGUUGGACCUUCCCUCUGUUUGUGACCCAGCAGAGCUCUUCGUGCCUCCACGCAGUGCUGAAAACACCGAGGAACUUUAUUGUUCUGUGGAUACUUUUCCCUCUCUGCCCACAGGAGAGAGCACUCUAUCAUCUGCAGUUCCUGUAGGCUUCUCCGAUGAAGGCUCUGAGAAAGCAAAUGUGAGAUGUUACCCAAAAGCAAGGCUGUGUGAGCCCACAGAACCUGACAAUGCUGUGCCCUCAUGGAUGUAUGAACGGGACAGCGCUGAUGACCCUAGCAUCAGGAAAUCUCUCGAUGACUUCUACAAGAUGUAUUGCAAAAAACAACCAAGGAGAAUGGAUCCGACUUACGAGACUGCAUCGCGGUGUCUGUCUCAGAAGAUUCUGAAGCUGGCAAACCGGGAUGGAACUAAAUACACGUCACGUUGCCUACAAGUGGCACAGUUGGUCUUGAACAGAGAUGGGUGCAAGAUCUUUCCAAACCACCCUACUUCUGCCUGUUUUUCGAAGCCAGCUGAAGGAGCAGUCUUGUUGGAAGACAGAAAGAGAACACCUGGGCUCUCAGAUGACAUCCUGCAAUUCCUCUUGAAACAAACACGGGCAGAACAUAGCCCUGACGUGUCACACGAGAAGUGAGCAAGACAGUGGUUUGUUUCUGUCAUUGUAGCUUUGCUUUCACUCUAAAAAGAGGUGUCUUUCUUAGAAAGACACUCUUCUCCUUGCAUCACCUUCAACACCAGACACUCCAUGGAGGGGUUCACCUGGAGCAGACCUUGCUGCCUUGUUCUCUGCAGGGCAGCUCUGCACAAGGAGCACCUGUGGUCCCCAUGUAACUGCUUGGGAUGUGUGACUAAUCGGGAUGGGUGAUGCAGUGUUUGUUGCUGUGACAUCAAACAUGAUAAUUUAAAUCUGCCAGGCUUUUAAAUUGACCUACAUCCCUACCCCAGCUGAAUCGUGGCCCUGCCCAAAUUCAGCCCCUGUGUAGGCAUGGAUGUCCAAGUGCUAUUGAUUAUAACAGACUGUUAGAAUGAACUUGGCAUGGUAUGCCCCAGAGCUAGAGAGGGAAGCUUAACAUUUUAUUCUGUUCCUGGCUGAUACUAUAACGUGUAUGCCUCCACUGGGGUGCCUGUUAGCUGUAUGUGUUUACCUACAGACAUAUGAUCCCACAGAUCAUGACUGCAGGGCAGGGAAUGUUUUCCCGUUUGUGAUCCUCCUGAGGAAAGAGGCUCUGAUGGACUUGAACUGGGCAGUGUUCUAGAUGGGGAACUCACCCUAACUCCCCAAUUUGCUGGUUUCCCCAGCACUGAUGGUUCUCACUUCCACUGCCAAAGCCAGCUGCUGUCACCUCUGUUCAUCCCCUGUGCUCUGGUAGCAUGUGGAGGCUGCUUUUGCAAAGGCAUUUGGUGGCUUACAUUGCGGAACAAAUGCAAGGUUUUUUUUUCCUUCUGCUUGUUCAACGCUCACAGCAGAGGGCCAGCUCUGAGCCUAGCUUAGGACACCACCUGAAAACCUACAACACCUUUCAGGGCUGUGGGUGUACAAGACCCCUCAAGAUCUUCAAGUGAAAUGUGUAAGUGAAGAUGGGGAAUAACAUCACUCCUAUAGGGUAUGACAAGAAGGCCAAAAUUGAUCUGUCAUUGCCAAGUAGUAAGAGCACAGGACAUGGUGAGGACUUGACAGCCAUUUCCUAGAGAUUUUUCUGAUGCAUAGCCCAGGUCCAAAUCCCACCCAAGAUCUGUUAGAGAUGUGUGCACUUUGGAUUGGGUAUUUUCCACCUGAGCUGGACCAGCGUCCUUCAGAGUCUCAGAGAGGUGACUCAUACUGCUGCAGGCACAAAGCCCUCUGCCCAUGCACUGCAGAUACCUGAGUUGCCUUGGGGCUCAUCUUUGGACUAGGUCUGGCAGGCUGCGAGUGCCGCCUCUGUUCCCAGAAUACAUAAAUGCCUGAUCCAAACUCUUUUGUCAUCCUUGAUGAAUCCUCCUGCUAUUAAGUCAUUCCCCGCUUUCCUCAGCUCAGAGCUUCUCCAGAAUGUUUGGUAUCAAUGGUCUCUCUGAUGCUUACUCCAUGAGAAUUUUUAUUUUCCCUUCCCACACGGCUGCCAGUGGGAGGUACUGAUACGUGCCAACGACCUUCCCAGUCCUGGAGCCCAGAGGCAGCCAGGGAGAGAGCUGACUGAGCUCCUGCGAGAGGCAGAGGCUGAAGCAGGUCCUCAGCAGGUGUCACUGAAGUGAGUGGAGACAGGGCCAUUUACACUAGUGGAGGAUUUUCCCCCAGGAGCUUGAGGUGUUGGUAUGCCUGGAUAUUUUCAGGACAUAUAGUUGUUAAAUUCGAUGUACAACAGGUGGUAUACAUCCUGUAUAAAUGUGUCUGUUGGGAUUGGUGAUUUUGUGGGGGGCAUAUGUUUUCCCGUAAUGUAGAAGUUCACUUUAAAAAUACCCUCUUCUGUAGGCUUUCCCUAAUGACUAUUUUCCCACACACAUCCAUUAGGCAACAACAUAUGCCAGCAUUUCUUCCUUAAAAGUAAAAUCUGGCACAUACAUUACACACAGAGCAUGAAAUAAUAAGAUGUGAUUAAAACAGUAGCUGGAGCUAAUCAAAGCCAGAAAAUCGUGGCUGAAAGGUCAAACUUUAUUUAAAUUGCCUUUGCAAUGGCCUCUUUGUUUGCAGGUGCUGUGAAUUGAGAGGAAAAGUCUUGUAAUGAAAGAACAUCUGUCGUGGAAAAUUUCACCUUCAGUUCAAGCUGAAAAAACUUUCACUUGCCCUAGAAGGUGGGUACUUGUAAUGGGAAAUGUCAGUCAGCCUUAGGGCGAGUGACACUAUCCAGCAUUGUCUGCAUUUCUGGGUAAGAUAGAGUACAUGAGCCAGAAAUGCUGCUAAACGGGUGCUAAGAUCAGCACCUCCCAGCCAGAGAAGCGGGAUGAUUCUGUGGUUACAGAUACUGAGGUGGGGAUGCUAUGCCCUGCAACAUAUUUUCAGGUGCCUUUCACUAACUGGUUGGUUCUAAGUUUCCAGCAGCUUGUUUUGGGUAUCUGGGCGCUUCGGAGAAAGAGUGAGAGGGCAGGACAUAUACACUUACAUCUUUGUCUAACAGCAACUCCUCUCAGAAGACUGCAGCUAGAGGCUGAAAUAAUAAUAGAGAUUUUGUGUCUGUGGUCCGGGCCACUUGUUUAACAAGCAGCUCAGCAUGUGUUCUGUGAGGCCAGCUUGUGUUUGCAUCCUUACCUCCUCAUUUCUUGCUGGAUUUGGCUGGUCCCUGAGAGAGCAUCACUGCUCUGGGCAUGGACUGGGGGCUGAAGGAGUGAGGACACAGCCAAAGGUGACCAUAAGAUAACUGCUUAUGUGUUCUUUUAAAACACGUCUUUCCUCCAUGGGAUAGCUGGAUGUACAGAGGAGUUGCUGUGUUUUGUAUUUAGGGCUGGCUUAUUUUUCUGAUCUGUGUUCUCACUCAGGAGAAAGGAAAGGCUGAUCUUUGGCUUGAGAUAUUGGUGCUGUAAAGCAGAAAGAGGUGCCCGCAAGUGGAGUUCCACAUGUAGUGAUGAGAAAGGUGUGUGUGUGUAGACAAGUCCCAUGUCUAUGUUUCUGUCUCUGGGAGUGUUAAUGCUGCUUGUCUGGUGUUCAAGAACAGACUUAAUGGCAUGUGAAUUCCUGAGAAAAAAAAAAAUCUCCUGGGAUGAGAAGAUACAGAUUGCUAUUUUAAGGCUGGAAGAAUCUUACCAAAGGCAGCAGUGAAUUAUUUAGACUCAAAAUGCAGUGGUGUGCUGGACAAGGAUCAGACUGAUUUCUGUGCCACUUCCUCCUGUUCCCACUUCCACGGGGUGCUAGUGCUUGAUGAGAGGAGAUGGUGUCAGCACCCAGCCUGCUACAAGGGGAAAGAAAUGGAGUUGAUAAAGUCCAGACUUUAGUAUUUGAGUGCAGCAGGCACCCUUGACAGCCCUGAUUGUCCUUAGAGCUACUCAGCCUGGGUGGGA